UUUUUUUUUUUAAUAUUUAUUUAUGCAUGCAAGAACUGGGGUGCAGGCCAGAGAUUCAGGGGGUGAGAGGAUUCACCAGAGUAGAGGGGGCAGCAGAACAAGCGGAUCCACUGAAAUACACUGCUGAGGGGAGCAGCAGGCGAGUCAGGAGAGGUCUGCUGCACCACGUGGGUAGCUCCCUGGCCGGGGAUCGAACUCGUGCUGCAGAGGCUUGGACAGCUUCGAGCACAGCCAUCGACCCUACCCCUAACCCUAGCCCUAAAGACGUGCCAUGAACCAGUGCUCGCUACUCACUGGCAUGCGCUUUCCUAUCUUCUAGUCCCUUCCAUUCCAAUGUUGAGUUAACAGUUUUCUGGACAACGUUGCUUAUGGCUCCGAGAAUGAUUUCAGGAAUCCAGGCGAUCACCUGCAAUUUGAAAGACAUCUCCAAAGCCCCAUUGAGUACCCUGACCAUGUCUUGUUUCACUGAAAUAGGAAAAAAAAAAAUAGGGUGCCUCGCACAAUUAGAUUGUUUUUUUAAACUUUUUUGUUAGUGUUUGUCGGUGUGCUAGGGCACAGUGUAAAAUGUAUUAACCUGAGAUGGAGCUAGCCAAGGUUUGAAGGGCACUGAAUUGGGUAAAGAGAUGACCACAAAAUCAGGAACUCUGGGAGACAUAGACUUGACUCUGGAGUUGGAUUUGGGGUGUAUAAUGAAUCCCAAUAUGAAGCAGAAACAAGAAGGAACCCAAGAAUAUGUGAAGAGAGAGCUCUUGGAUCAGGAAAUCUACAGGAAGAAUAGUCCUGUUCCAAGAAGAACUCUGAAGAUGAUUCAGCCUUCCGCAGCUGGAUCUCUUGUUGGAAGAGAAAAUGAGUUGGUUAAAGGCAUGUCCAAAAGGAAACAUUGGAAUAACCAGUUAAUAUCUAAGACUUCCAACUCUGGCGCUGUGACUGUCCCAGAACAUAGUGAAAAUAAAGAUCUUGGAGAAGUUACCCAAGAAGCAUUUGAUCUUAUGAUUACAGAAAAUCCAUCCUCUCAAUAUUGGAAAGAAGUGGCAGAAAAACGAAGGAAGGCUCUCUAUGAAGCGCUUAAGGAAAAUGAGAAACUUCAUAAAGAAAUUGAACAGAAGGACAAUGAAAUUGCCCGCCUGAAAAAGGAGAAUAGAGAAUUGGCUGAAGUAGCACAACAUGUGCAAUACAUGGCAGAGGUAAUCGAGAGACUGAGUGAUGAACCUCUGGCUAACUUUGAAUCACCGGAUAGUCAGGAAUUUGAUUCUGAAGAGGAAACUGGUGAGGAUUCUGAAGUGGAAGACUCAGAAACCGGUACAUGUGCUGAAGAAGUUGUAUCUUCCUCUACAGAUGCAAAACCCUGUAUAUGAAAUCCAGUAACAUUUGGCUUUUGAGACAUAUACUGCCAAAGUUUACCUCCACCAGAGUUCUUUGUAGCAGAGCAAAUAAUUGUAAAUGCAGACUUGGAAUCAAACUUCCUUGUUUGAAUCCUUGGGGCCCUGUUAUAUUAAAAUACAAAUACUAUGUAUUUUUAAUCUAUAAAGUUUUAUGUAAAUAGCAUUUUCUCAGUUGUCAGAUAUGACUUGUGUAUAUGAUAAAUAAACUUCAGUCCCUAUUGAGCAUUAUGUGUGUCUUAGAAGAAUGGUGGAUAAGAAGUCUAUGUAGAUAAUUUUACUGUUUCUAUGUUUGUAUUUUAGUUCUACUCCUCUGCUCUCAUGGGAGAAAUAGGAGAAAUUUUAUCCUCCUUAGACUGAGAUAGUUGAGGCUUAACUCCCAAACUUAAUUGGACCCCAAGACCACUGUUGGAAUUUACUGAUUUCUGAACCCCCAUGUCCAAAUAUUAGAUAUUUUUAUAGUAGUUUGUAUUGUGAAGUAUGAGAAUCAGGUUUCCAAAGCUCCCAGAGUGAAUCUGAUUAGCCAGGUAAAGGCCUGACUGGCCAGUAUAAUCAGACUCUUCUUAGAAACUUAAAAUGAUGAAAAUGAUGGUGAUAGUACUUUAGAGAAGCAAAGUGGGGGGCAGUUUAAAGUUGCAAUGAAGAGAUAGGCAGGAAUAGCUAAGUGUUCUGAAACAUACAUUACACAUAUAGUAUAGAUAUUGAAGGAAUGAGAAGAGCAGGGUUAAAUUAAUUAGGGAUUUCCUAUAUGUACUGUUAUGAAGAAAGAAAAGGACAAAAUAAAGGGGAAUUUUGCAAAGUAUACAGUCUUGGGAUUGAAUACCUUUGUAUAAAGUGACAAUAAAGAACAAUAUCAAGCUUUAAAGGAUUAUUUUAGGUAAGUUAUUUAUCCUUAUAGAACUUUGAUUUUCUUAUCUCUAGUAUUGAGAUAAAGUCUAUACCUCAGUGAUACUGUGAAAAAUAAGACUGUUCCUUCAGUGCCUGAACCAAAUAUUUAAAAAAAUGGAAGCCUUUUUAAAUCUUUAGCAACAUUGUCCAAUAAAACUUUGUGAGGCAUUAGAAAUAUCUGUGCUGUCCUGUAUGAAAACCAGGUAGCCGUAUGUGGCUAUUGAGCUCUUAAAAUAUGGCAAGCAUGUAGCCACUGGGACACCUCAGCUACAAGUGCCUGAAGAAAGCACCACCAGGGCCAUGCCCCUGUGCCAUCACACAGGGCAUUGGAAGAGGGACUGUACCACUCCAGAGAGGGAAGUGGUCAGCCCAAACCACAGGUCAGCUACCUCUACGUAGAACCUGGGGCAGAAGACCUUUUCUGAAGCAGCCCAGUGAUGAGACAGGCUCCCCUAUUUACUAUAUGGAUGAGCCUCAGGUGACCCUGGAAAUGGGGACCACUUACUCCGCCUUACCUUAUUCCAGUUCUCUUGACUGACCUACUGGUUAACUGUGCUCCUCACUAUCAUUGAUGGCCAUCCUAAGCCAGGACGCUUUACAGCACUUCUGCCCUGCUCAACACAAGGCCACGUGUUCAUACAUUGAUUUUUAGUCUCACCUUCCUGCCCCAUUCCUCUGUUAGGAUGGGACAUCAAGGCCAAAGCCCAAGCCAGUCUCCAAUUAGCAAAAUCCCCACAGCCACUGCUGGCCCUGUUAGUUGCCAAAGCAGGUGACAGGAAUAGUACAGAAACCUCAGAACUCGCUGAUACCCCCAUUCUGGCUAUAGCACCUCCAGCGAAAGAGGCGAGGGAACUGAAAAGGAUUUUAAUGUA